AUGGCGUUCUGUGCCGGAAGAGAGGACGAGGACCGCGAGUUCUGGGGGGACGGCGGCUACGAGGACGCGGAGGAGGACGCACUUUUCGGCAGUCUGGACGGAGACCACGGGCUCGAGGGCUCGCAGGACGACGGCGACGACUUGUUCUCGGUCCGGUCCCCCGUCGUGCAGACCGCAGGCGUCAUGACGCUGGACCUGGUCGAGCGCCUCUCGUGGGACGCCACGAGCGACGGCUACAGCGACGACGACGAGCAGGACGAGAGCGAGACGCCGCCGACGAUGAAGCUGACGCUGCCGGAGCCGCUCCCCAUUCAGGUCGGCGAUGCAGGGGAACGAGACGCUGCUGGACUGCAGUGGAGCCUCAUCUCUCCCUGCUCCGAUACGGGCUCUCCACAGGCCUCACUGACGCCCGUGCUGUCUCCGUUGACGCGGGUGUCGAUCUCGUCCCCCGUCCGUCAGCUGAGGUUCUUUGAGCCGGAGCUGGAGCCUUCAAACGACCAGGUCAAGGCUACGGAGGAGAAAGAAGAGGAGGAGGAGGAAGAGGACGUUCAGCCGUUCGACCCGGAGACGUGCUGGGCCCCCGACAAGAACAGCGUCUUGUCAGUGGCAUCCCCAGCGACCAGCGCAUCAGCAAAUCCGUUCGCGACGUACCGGCCGCCAGAGUCUGCAGUGGAAGAGGAGGAGCAAGGCAUUGACAGGUCAGAAACAGUAGGAGGGGUCAUCAGCGACAGCGAUAGCGAUGGACAGAGCAACGCGGCGUCGGCGCUUCGACCGAGUCUGCUGCCUCGCGUGCCCACGAUGGCUCGCUGGAGGCGGCAGAAGGCUCGCACGUGCUCAGGGGCGGGCUCUGCCGGGAUGCCGACGGCGCUGUCCCUUGCUACAUUCAGGGCACGCACGCGCUCGCUGUCUCGGUCGCGGAACCAGAGCGUGGAUGACGAGGACGACGGAGACUUCUCCAGUGACGACGAGGGCUACACACCAGAGCUGCACCACCGCCGCGCGUCCGAG